AUGGCGCUGGCGGCAACCCCACCGCACCUCGCGGCUGUUGGCGUGGCGUGCCGCUUGCCGGGCGCCGUGGAUUCACCGGCCGCCCUCCUAGACUUCCUGGCCGCCAAGCGAUGCGCGCUGUCACCGGUGCCUCCGGGCCGCUACCCGCCCGGCUCGCUGUCGCCGGCCGCUUCGGCGCUGCGGCUGGGCGCACUGGCCGAGGGAGCAUCGCAAGCGCUGGACCACCGUUUCUUCCGCAUCAGCCCGGCCGCCGUUGGCGAGAUCGACCCACAGCAGCGCAUGGCCCUGGAGGUGACCUACGAGGCCCUGCAGGACGCGGGGCUGUCGAUGGAGAGCAUGAGGGGCCUGGACGUCGGCGUCUUCGCGGGCGUGGGGCUGCCAGAGUUCCCCAUCCACAAGGGCUCGCAGCCUGGGGCAGUCGGCACGAUUGCCGGCACGUACGGCUGCUUCGUGGCCAACCGCGUGUCACACUUCUUCGACUUCACCGGCCCCUCCGUCGCCGUCGACACCGCCUGUUCGUCUUCCCUCACUGCUCUGCACAUGGCAGCCAACAGCCUGCGUGUCGGGGACUGCUCUGCUGCCGUCGUCAUCGGGACGAACACCCUUCUCUCCAGCUACCUUCUUAUGACCUCCCUAGCAAGUGGCGCCAUCUCCCCGACCGGCGAGUCGCGGCCGUUUGACGCGGCGGCCAACGGCUUCGUGCGUGCCGAGGGCGCCGUCGCCAUACUGCUCAUGCCGGUGGGUCAAUGCAGACCUAGGCUGGCAGCCGCGCUCAGCGGGGCAGCGCUGCGGCCGUACGGCUACAUCGUGGGGAGCGGCGCCGGCGCGGACGGCGCCAAGCCGUCUGCAGUCGCGCCGUCGGCGGUGGCGCAGCAGCGGCUGAUGCAGCAGGUGCACGAACGCGCGGGUGUGGACCCAGCUGACGUGUGCUACAUGGAGGCACACGCGACAGGCACGCCCGUCGGCGACCCCAUCGAGGCGGCCAGCAUCGGCGCCGUCCUUGGCUGUAGCGGCCGCACCACCCCGCUGCCCAUCGGGUCGCUCAAGGGCAACCUCGGCCACCUGGAGAGCGCAGCGGGCCUGGCCGGCCUGGUCAAGGUGCUGCUCAUGGCCCGCCACCGCCUGCUGCUGCCCUCUGGGUCCUUCAGCAAGUGGAGCCCCAAGAUCGAUGCAACGCGGCUCAACCUGCGGGUCGUGACGGAGGUGGAGCCGCUCGUGCUGCCGCCCGGGUCGCUGGCCUUCAUCGGCAUCAACAGCUUUGGCAUGGGGGGCGCCAACGCCUACGCGAUAGUCCAGGGGCCGGAGGAGGGGGAGCAGUUGCAGCUGGCGGCGGGCGCGGCUGCUGGCAAGGACGGCUUCAUCAAAACCGUGCCGCGCGAGUCUCGGCCUCCCCAGUCGCCGCUGCUGCUGCUGCCGCUCGCGGCGCACGACGCGUCGCUGCUGGCGCCGUACCAACGGCGCUGGGCCGAGUUCGCCGCCGCCGGCGGCGACGUCAACACCGCGGCUCGCGCGCACCACCGCGCCGCGGCGCUGGGCCUGCGCCACCGCGCUGCGCUGCUGCUGCCAGCAGCCCCGCCCACGCCCGACGACCUGGUGACAGUGACUGCGGCGCCUGGGCUCGCCCCAGCCUCAACGCGCAGCGCCCUGCCCCGAGUCGGCGUCGUGUUCUGCGGGCAGGGCACACACAGCCCUGCAAUGGGCGGAGAGCUGUGGACGCACCUCCCCGCCUUCCGCGCGGGCGCCCUUGAGUUCGCCACCGCCUAUCCCGGCCCACCGCUGCUGCUGCCAGAGCGCGACUGGCCCCCGCCAGCGGCGGCGGCGGCGGCUUCUCCGGGGCUGCCGUUUGCCCCGGCGGUCGCGGCUGCGCUCGCCGCGCCGCCAGACAGUGGGGACCUGCGGCUGACGCUGCCCGCAAUCAUGAUGGUGGGCUACGCCCAGUGGCGCCUGCUCAGCGCCCUGGGCCUGCGCUGCGCGGCCGCCGCGGGCCACUCUGCGGGGGAGAUGCUCGCAGCGCUGGCGGCCGGCGAGAUAGACCUGCAGCGGCUGUGCCAGCUCACCUAUGCGCGCGCCGAGGCGCUGGCGCGGCUGCCGACGAGCGGCGGCAUGGCGGCCGUCUCAGGGCCGCGGGCCGAUUUCACCGUCUCGGGCGCCGCGGCCGCGGUGGCGGCAUUCGCGGCCGCGGCGGGCGCUGCGGGGCUGCGCGCGCGGCAGCUGCCGGGGGCGCGCGCGUUCCACCACGGGCCCAGCGUUGCCGCAGUCCGCGGAACAUUCUUCACGGCGCUGGAGCAGGUGGGGUGGUCAGAACAGCCAGAGGCCCCUCUGCCACUGACAGGGGCAGCGACGGCCGCCACUGGCGGCGCUGCACCGGCGUUCUGCGCCGCUGUUGAGGCUGACGGCGGCCCCCACGGCACGUGCUGCCGCUCUGCCGAGCGCUGGUGGCAGCAGCUGCUGCUGCCCGUCGACUUUGAGGCCGCUCUUUCGGGCCUGCGCGCCGCAAGCUGCGACGUGGUGAUUGAGCUGGGCCCGCGCUCUGUGCUGCGGGGCUACGCGGCCGCCGCGCUGCCCGACGCCGCGACGCUGGCGCUGGUGCGGGGCCCCGGGAGGGGCUCUGAGCUGCGGGAUGCGUUUGAGGCGGUGGCCCGGGUGUGGCUGGGCGGGGCGGAGGGGUUCGCAGUGCACCGCCCGCUGCUGCUCGGCGGCCCGGGCGACGGCCCGAGGGCGCUGGAGCUGCGGCGCAGCGCGACCGGCGGAACAAGCUUCCAUGUGGCAGCCGCCGCCGCGGGCGAGCCCCUCGCCAGCUGCCACGCGGCCGCUCCCGACGCCGGCGCCGCCGGCUGGCGCCACGCGGGGCGGGUGGACGAGCUGCUUGGCCUGGCUUCCGCCACAGACACCGCCGCCGCAGCCGCCGCAGCGGGCCUGCGCCCGCUGGCCGCUCGCGCGUUUUAUGACUACCUCACAGAGUUCACGCCAUACCAUUACGCGCCCGCCUUCAGGCGCGUUGCGUCGCUUGCCGUUGCCGACGGCAGUGCCUGCGCCGCCCUCUCGCCGCGCCCGGCCGACGGCGGCGGCGACGGCGGCGCGGGGGCGGGCGGGGGCACGAGCGCGGCGGCGGCGCCGUUGCUUGACGCCGCCCUGCUUGAUGGCGCGCUGCAGGCGGCGAUCGCCGCGCUGCCGAUGCCGACAACAGAGGCUUACCUGCUGCCCGCCGGCGCGGCGCUCGCGGCUGCGUGGCCGGCCGCGCUCACCGCCGAGGCGCCGCCGCCCAACGCGGCGCUGCGUGCGGCGGCGGCGGUGUGCGAGCCGGUGCCCGGGCAGCGCGGGGAGAGGCGCGUGGACGUCCUCUUGGUGGUCAACGAGGCGGCUCUCCACGAGCUCCGCCACGUCCCCGCGCCGCCGCCGCCGCUCGGGACGGCCGCGGCGCCGCCGCCGGGCGCGGCGGCGUGGCUGGGGCCGGAGGGCAUCCUCGACGCCCUGGUGCCUGCCGAGCGGCGCGGCGGCAGCAGCGGUGCAGCUGACCUGCUGUUCUCAUCUGAGGACUCCAACACCACUACCACCAGCGGCGUCGUCGGCGGCGGGGCCGACAUCGCGCUGCUGCCCGAGCUGCGCGCGGGGAGAGUGCAGCUCGUGGUUGACGCGCGCAGCAGCGUGGAGCAACUCGUGGCCGCGUGGGGGGCCGCCCCGACAGGCACGGCCUUUGUGGUGCUCCUCCUGCCGCCGCACGGCCUGGAGGCGCACCGGCUGCUGGGCUUCUGCCGCGCGGCGCGCGUGGAGGCGCCCGGCAGGGCGCUGCAUUGCCUGGCAGUCGUGCAGCCGCCGGGCAGCGGCGGUCUGAGCCGCUCGGCGCUCUCCGCGGUCGGCGCGCUGUGCCUGCGUGCGCCUUUUGGCCAAGAGCCCGAGCUGGUCGUUGCGGCCGACGGUGGCGCCUGCUGGGCGCCCCGCCUGCGGCCGCUGCGGCUGCCGGCAGCUGCGGGGCAGCUGGUCCAGACAGUCGUGCCGGCCACCGCAGAGGUCUCGCAGAUCGACGCCGGCGGCGUGCCCAAUCCGCCGGCCGGUCCUGAGGCGGUGGCCGCCCCCUCCCCUCACACGGCGCCGGCGGCGGACCCUGACGGCUGGAGCGGCGACGGCGCGCCCGCAGCGGCGGGCGUCGUGGAUGGCAGCCGCACGACCUGGGAACUCUGCAUCACGUCACCAGGGCAGCUGUCAUCAGCAGGUUUUGUCGAAACCCAGAUCCCUCCGCUGCGGGAUGGGGAGGUGCUGAUUGAGGUCGCCGGCAUCGGGCUCAACUUCAGGUGA